CACUGCAAGGGUUCGGUACCGUCCACUGCGGUAGCGCAAUACAUACACACCUGCAGAUGCUAACCAMCGCAGAAACCAMCGGUGAUGCGGUGGUGCUCCCCGGCUACGAGGCCGGGAUCGAUAGAUCGGGGGUCGAGCACUCCCGGAGGAAGCUUGGGGAGUCCUCCGAUCGUCUUUUCGAAACACUGGCCGCGAUCGAAAWGGARCGCGGUCCGGGGSAUGAGGCGUCGGUGGUUCCGUCGGUACGGACGCUCGGUUGUUCCAGCGAGGCAGAAACCUGGACGUAUCGGUGCCGGUGCAACUUUCAGAUAGUGCGGGUGGAAGCAGACUCGGUGGGGGAACCAGGAACCGCGAUAGUAGCAACAAGUCCAACCAACCCGUUUUCCUAUCGUUAUGCCAUGAGAAGUGGGGGCCGGCCAGUCCUUCUCGGAACCAAAAACUCGUUUCCCAUUGCCACGAGGCGCAUCCAAGCCGCCAUGAAUGGAUUCAUGCAGUGUCUCRACGACGCCGAUGGCGAGAGCGGAGAUUCCGUGCUCGGRACUCACCUCACGAGCUGCACCUUUUCGUCGGCCUGGAGGGACACGCCUCGCACCGACUGCAUUCUGACCCUGCACUACGACCAUCCCCUCGAAGAUAAAAAGACUUUGUGGAGGCAGCGGGCCAACGAGGUCUGCAGGAAGCUAGAGCUGAGGCAACUCAACGGGCGUUCUCGUGGAACUCUUGUUUCGGUACGGGGGGACGACACCARCGCCAUUGMCGAUGCCAAUGGCGACGAAGCCGAGGCCACAAUACGGGAUACGGUAUAUCUCCAACAAAGUCACCGCGCUAAGGAAGGCAAUGAUGCAUCGAACGAGCCGGACGACGAAUUGGAAUGGAGUGUGAGYCUGGAAGAACAACAGGAUUCCUCCCCUUUCGUCCGCUUGGUGAUCCCGGUCGACUACCACAAACCGGAAACCGCGUUCUACCACCCUAAUMCAAACGCAAUGACCAAGGCGCUGGCCUGGAUGCUGAACCGAUUGCAAUGCCUCUCCUCCUCCUCAGAACGACCCCUUCGCCUCCUGGAAAUGUACUGCGGAUGYGGUGCCCACACGGUGGCACUGGGCCGCUCGGGGUUGGUGGCGGCCGUCCACGCGGUGGAGCUGGAUCCCCGGCUGGUCCGGGCAUGCGAGGCCAACGUUGCGAGCAACGGGCUGGAGGGAGUGGUGGAMGUCCGCCGGGGGGACGCCGGCAAGUGGGCGAGGGACGARUCCCGCCGGAGGAAGAAGAAACAGACCGACGGACAACAUUUCCACGGCUACGACGUKCUGCUGGUGGACCCACCCCGCCAGGGACUGGACGAAGCCGUCUGCAACAUGGCAAUGGUGGACGGCAGCGGUGGCUGCUUUCKKAACAUUCUGUACGUCUCCUGUGGACACAUGGCUCUGCUCCGGGACCUACGGCGCCUCUCGCCUUGCUACGAGCUCGUAGACUGCGCACAGAUGGACCUCUUUCCACGGACGGACUCCAUAGAGACGCUGGUGCACCUGCGGAGGAGGGKGUGAAGCAGCAAAKCGAAGCUUUGUGGCAGGGACGGUUCCCUCCUCCCGUCCUUUUGUGGCAUAAAGAACACGUCAGACG